AUGGAUCAAAUCCACAUCCCUGAACUUAAAGGUGCUAACUUUGACCCCCGGGAUCAUGAUUCUGGAGAAUUCUUUAUAGAACAACUACAGAAAUGGGCGAAAGCAAGAUUAGCAGACCAAUCCACGACAUUACAGGAUAUGACACAGGAAAAAGUUGAAACUGUCGAGAAAUUUGCUCAGAGGAUUAAACAAAAUUACAAAGACAUGGGUUUUAGUCAGAAUGAGCCCGUUCAUCUCAGACUCUUGGCCCGCUCGUUUGUCGAUGGUCUACGACCAGAGAUAAACAAAGCCCUUGUGACCUGUCGCCCCGAGUGGAAAUCCUUGACACUAGAUAUGUUGGAGCAGAUUGCAAAGGGUCUAGAGAGUAACACAAAGAAAACCCGUGCUGCUGUGAUAGCCGUGCUAGUAGUGAUAGACUUGUUCUCUGGGUGGCCAGAAGCCUACCCCGUCCGAAACCAGACAGCAACCACUACUGCAAAAAAACUGAUGCAGGAGCUUGUCUGUAGGUUCGGAGUACCUGAGGUCAUUGAGAGUGAUCAGGGCCCAGCAUUCACUGCUAGUCUAACCCAAGAGGUCUGGAAGAUGGUAGGGUCACACCUGGCGUAUCAUACCCCAUACAGGCCCCAAAGCAGCGGCAAAGUUGAAAGAUUGAACGGGGUGUUAAAAUCUAAAAUGCUGAAGAUGACCAGGGAGACAGGGCUUAAUUGGGUUCAGUGUUUGCCUAUAACCCUCUUUUCAGUUAGGCAUACACCAAGGCCCCCACACAAACUAACCCCAUAUGAGAUCUUAUUUGGAACAGGGCCAAGAAUGGUACAGUAUUUCCCACAACAGUUACAAAUGCAUUAUGAAUCUGUUGCAAAAUAUGUGAUAGCCUUGAGCAAGCAAUUGUCUAAUAUACAUGCACAAGUUUUCUCUUCCAUUCCAGAUCCUAACUCCCUGGAGGGAAGCCACACUCUCAAAUCUGGAGAGUGGGUGGUGGUCAAGAAACACGUCAGAAGCACCCUCGAACCACGAUACGAGGGACCUUAUCAGGUGUUGCUGACCACCCCAACCUCUGUGAAACUCGAAGGGAGACCCACCUGGAUCCACGCU